AUGCCGGAAAGAGAAUUCCCAAUUUCUGAUUCGAUGAAAGAGAGCAAGAACUGGAGAAAGACAAUGAACGGCAAGAUUUUCCAGAAAAAAGUGUAAGUUCAAGUGAUUUUGAUUUCAUAACUGUAGAUUGACUAACAUUCCUCUUAAAAUGAAUUCCUUUGAAUUUUCAAAAAAACUUUUUUUCUAUUAAGUUCUGACUCUUUUUGCUAUGGCGUUUCUUUUUCUUAUUUUUCCGGCAAAACCCAAUCACCGAAAAAAAGCUGCCAGAAAUAAGGAGCUUUGACAUCACACACCCACAGUGUAACAGAUCAAAAAAAGUGUUCCAAUAAUUAUAUAAAGAAAGUGAUCCAAGCUUACCAAAAAAACAUAUUUUUAUACUUACAGGUGAAAUUCCUUAGUUCAUAUCGCCGUUAAAACAACCAAAAUAUGCAUAAUCUUCAUAAUGACUAAAAAACCAGUUUCCAUUGAAAAUAAAAACCUGUUUUUUGAAUAUUCAUUUGAAAUAGUUUUAUCUUUUCCGAGUUUACAGGGUGACCAAUAAUAUUGGGUGACUAACUGGAAAAAAUUCAUAUUCAAAGAAAAAUCGGUUUUGUAACUCAAAACUUCUGAAAAACUUUCAGCACAUCUUCAUUUAUAAAUUGGAAAAUUCAAAACCUUUAUGUCUAUUAUUUCUCGGACAGCAGGUAAUUUUCGGUAGAGCACUUCAAAUUUUAAACUUAAAAUAGAUCUUGCUGUUUUUACAGCCGUGGUGCUGUUUGGAAUUGGUUUUGAAGAGAUUAAGGAUAAGAAAGUUUAUAACAAAACUGUCUUCUAGUCACAUCCCAUCUGAUUUCUGAAAACGCGUAUCAAGCUCAUAUUCAUCUAAAAUCCUGUGACUAGGGCAUGGUCUCCGCUUUUAAACGAGUCGACAUUCGAGAUUUUGUUGGUUGGAAAAAAAAAUGAUUUCCACCAAAAGGAUUCGAACCAUGGUCCCAAUAUUGACACAAGACCAUUAUCGUUACACCAAGCUAGUUUCUAACUGAAGACCUCGAGCGUGUGCACAUACGCGCUGGAGAAGUAUCGAAGAGCUUCUUCUCGGUUGCCUCUAGGGUUGAGAAGACUUUUAUUUUUGAUUCCGAAUACUCUUACCUAGGCGUACCAACCCACAGAGUCUCAAUCCUCAACUCGCUUUUGAGCGGAGACCACACCCUUGUAAGAGAAAUGUUCCUGUUCAAAAUUUCAAAUGAUGAAAAUGACCUCUAUUACAGUUUUAAGAAAUUUGAGUUUGCACUGAUAAUUAUUUCUUAAGAUAAAGCCGAAUUUCGGCCCCAAAGCAAGGCAGGGCACGGGGCGGGACGCGUAGCGUGUGCGUACGCGGUUUUUUUGGCACGGGUUCAAUUCAAGCGCACCGAAUAUUCAAAAAAAGCUCAGCCCCCGUUUUUUUCUUCAUAUGUUUUUCUCAUUUUUUUAAUGCGCACAUGAAAACAUUCAAUAAAUUAUUUGAAAAAUAAAUGAAAAGUGCGAUUAAUGAUAUCCGCGUACGCACACGCUACGCGUCCCGCCUUUCAGUUCGGGAAACAUUGACUAUACGAGAUUGGGAAAAAUUUCCCCAAGCUCUUUAUUCAGCAUGACUGUAGUCGUGUAUUGAAUUUUAUCAGAUUAAAUUGACAAUUACCGAAGUUACAGGCGAAAAAAAUCGUCACCCAUAUAUAUAAGCCAUUUAAAAAAACUUUCUUUUUAGUAGUAGACAUUUUUGAAAUUUCAAAAAAUUUCGAAGCAACUUUUUUGUCGCAUUUUGCAAAAUUUCAGAAAAGAAAAACUGAAUUACCGUAAUACUAACUCUGAUACGCAUUCUCAAAACACCAAUAUGCUAAAUUACGUUUCUGCUUCAGAAUACAGUCCGCUUGAAAUACUUGUCAAUUCAAAACGCUAUUUACAGGGCGCUGAUUGGUAUGAAGGCCCAUCUGACCAAAGAAGAACUGGAGAGAGCGGAAAUGUUGGUUGACUCUUUCAUGGAGUCAUUGGAACUAAGGCUGCACAUAGGGCCUCCGUGCCCCGCAUGGACUUGUUUUGGAAUGAAGGAAUACCGGGUGUCGAAUUGGGAAUUGACCGACUGUUGGAUGAGGGUCACUUGGAUUUUUUAUUUCGUCUUAAACCCUCAUCUGCGGACCUAUGGGCUCAGAGACGACGAAGAGGAACUGGUCCGAGCCAUCUUUCCUUUAAUGAACAAUCAAGAAGUCAUAUUUGCUCUUCGACGCUGCACGGAAUUCUGUAUUAUUCUUCUGGAGAUGGAUAACAAAUGCAACGGAAAAUCUCAGACGACAAUGAUGAGAUAUUUUUUAGAAAAUACACUCAGAAUAUUCCGAAGAAGAUUGCAACGCUUCGUCUUGGUUUUGCGAGAAAUUGCUCAAACUGCCAUCAACCUCUACAGCGGACACCAUUUUACAAACCCAGGACAUGUGGAUCAUUUCUCCGAUCAUACUCCAAUCAGAACGACAUUUGAGAGACUCUAUUUCUUGAUCUCCAAACAGAAACUGUGGAGUAGGUUUUUGUUUAUUUUUUCUAUUUGAAGUCGAGAUGAGUUUCUAGUUAUAAUCUACAAAACUUUCACGAUAAACCUAUCUCCACUGAAAAUGCAUUUUUCUUCAGAAGAGAGCGUGAAAUAUAAAUAAAUUAAAUAACAGCCUACAGGAUUUUUUAAAAUGCAGCCUACAAGAAUUGACAUUUGUGCCGACGAAGUCUAAGAGAAAGUUGACCGCUUCUCAUCAACUCCUGGUUUCAGGAACUGCUUGGCCUGGCAUUCGUGUCGUUGCGGGCAUUACUCCGCUAAACGAGGAUCAAGGUGAUAUUUGAAAUCUAUCAAACUUCUAAAUGUUACUUACGUUUUUGCAGAAACACCUCCAAUUGUGACGAUUAGCCUUCGUCCGGAUGUGAAUAUUAUUAACAACGGUUCUGACUGCAUUGUUUUCUUUUUGCAUUGAAAACGGUCUUUCAGGAUUUCCACUUAUUAACUUCGAGUCGGCAGCCUCGAUCGCAUACUCUUACGGUAGUUUUUAUAGUAUCUUUGAGUGCUCUGGGUGAAUUAUUAAUUUCUUACAUGAGUGUAAGGAUUCGGAUCUCAAACAAAUUUGUCAAAACUUCAAAGUUUUCAAUUUUUCGACAUUUUGUCAGAUUCAUAAAAAUGAGUUAUAGUAGUUUUUCAAACAAUUGUUUUUAUAGCACUCCUGCAACAGAAUGGCUAUGUUUACAAUCAACCGUACACGCCGGAGAUGAGCCCAUGUACUCAUAUUUAUUUUCAUUUUUUCUCUUCAUAUUGUUGUUUGAGUCUUGUCUUUAUAGAUUUUCACAUUUACUCAACUACUGUUGGAGCUGUUCCACGAACUCCUUAUGUGGCUACUCAAAUGCCACUGAUCAACGCAUCUCCAAACGGUAACUAGCCGUAUUUUUGAGAUAAAAAGCUCAAAAAAAAAGCCUUCAUAGUUAACUACCAUUAGAAAAAAGAUUCCGCAUAGCUCUAUGUGGUUUUUUUAAACCUCUCGAAUUUUUUCACCAUUUCCGAAGCUAAAGCUCAACUCUAAACAGAGAAUGUAUGUAAAAUGGAAUCUAGAGCGGUUCAUUAAAACAAAUACAGAACCAGGGCUUAUUGUUUCUCAGAUUGCUCAAAUUUUUCUCCACACGGAUUUUUCUCCGUUAAUAAAAAUGUUCAAAGAAGAAAACUUUCAGCGGUUUCUACGUCGCGGAACGCGCCAAGUUAUUCUGGACUCCCUCUUCCCAUCGGUAACAUAUCAAUUAAAUAGUGCUAACUUUCAUACGUUUAAGUUCUGGCUGACAGAAAUGUAAGAUCGUCUUCGGCUCAGGUGGAUGAAGAAGACGGUCAAGGUGCAUUUCGAUAUUGAUUGCUCGAAUUCUGGAUAUUUGAAACAUUGAUUAAUUUUUAUUAUUCAGGAAACAGUGGAGCUUCUUCAUGA